UCACGUGGAUCAGCUCUCGUGCUCGUGCGGGGUUAAAGGUCAUAUCAUCAGUAGGUCAGGGUCGUGUAUAACUUGCCGCACUGAAACUAGUGAAUCAGUACUACAAAUGAAAUCAGAACAAACGGACUAUAUUCUCCGAAAGACAGUUCCUAGAGAUCGAGGGUGGAAACUUCAUAAAGAUCAAAGUAGGAAACACCAAUUCAAGCAUAGCCUGCUGCUAGAUCAAAGCAUUUUCUGCUGAGCUGGUGUCUGUGACAGUGGACAUUGUAAAAGUUGAGCCUUUAGGGUCACAGGCAAACUACCAUGGAGUUGUCAUAUUUCACAGAGCCCACAACCCGGCUGGACCGGGACAGCCAGCAGGACCGGGACAGGCAGCGGGACCAGGAGAGCCAGCGGGAUCUGGACACACAGAGGGAUAACCAACGAGACCAGGACACACCGCAGAAACAGGACACUCCACGAGAGCAGGAGCUCCAGCAGGAUCAGGACACUCAACAGGACCAGGACAUGCAUUUGUUCCGUGACUUCAAACUGAAGAAGAGAAAAAUUACAGAUUUAUUCCCAGGACUGCGUUUUGUGGAGCGUGCGAGAUCUCCUGUAAGUGACAUUGGAGACGGUGUCUCCACAGACAGUGGCUACGAAGGGACGUCCACUGAAGACGAUGGUAGUCCAGCUGGCGAGCCCAUGAACUCAGACCUUUGUCUGGACUCAUCAAUAUCAGAUAACAAAGAUCUGUUGUCUUCUGAUGGUGGUGUCCCACCGAAAGCAGAUUUGCAUUUACAGUCUGCAGUGUCCACAGAAAGGGAUCGUAAUGAUAUGUGUGAAGCCUGGAAUGCAACGAGAAGAAAUGCAACUGAGAACAUGGCCCAAGGAGAAGAUUGGGAACCAUUGCCCAGACCACUACUUCAGGAAAGGUCACACAGUGCGCACUGCAGCACCUCUAAUUCAAGUCGCUAUCCUAAUGUGGAGAACAACAAGCCUCUAGUCAGCCAUGCCCUAGGGGAUUAUGGUAAAAUUACAUCUAUCAACCCUGACUUUGCUUCAUUGAAUAACUCACUGCCAUGUUAUGGAUUCAGCCCUUCCAUGGUGGUGGCACCGUUGUUUUACAACCAGAUGAUCGCCAUGCAGUGUUUUCCUAACAUGACAGUCACUGCGGAAACAUUAAGAAAAAUGCCUGGGCCGAGCGCAACCUGGGGCUUUGAGAAGAGACCCAGAGUUGAGCCCUCUAUACAGCAUCGAUCAGGUGGCUUCAGUGUCCCUCAGUUUGGGGAGGCACCUGUCAGUGGCAGACCAGAAAGGGACGAGGACAAUAAGGGUCAAGGAAACAGUCAAACGUCAUCACCUUUCUCGAAAACUGAUGUGGAAAGCAUGGCUUAUUGUCACCAGCAGUGCGAUUCAGCAGGUGAUUCCGAGAAUGGAAGCCCAGGGGCUGCAAAAAUAGCCACUUCGAAAACAGGCUGCGUCGAGGAUCGUUCUGUAUGUGGGAUCUGCGGAGAUCGUGGGUCUGGUUUACAUUAUGGGAUUAUUACUUGUGAAGGGUGUAAAGGGUUUUUCAAACGCACAGUACAAAAUCGUCGCAUCUACUAUUGUAUAAGCCAAGGCCACUGUGAUGUUAAUAAACUGGAGAGAAAUAAAUGCCAGUAUUGUCGCUUUAAGAAAUGUCUUCAGCAGGGGAUGGUUGUAGCAGCUGUUCGUGAGGACAGGAUGCCAGGCGGCAGAACAACAGGACCAGUGUAUGAUCUUUAUAAGAUAAAAAGAAAGACAAAGAAAAAAGAAACAAAAGUUGCGAAGCGAUACCAAUCAUCCGUCCAGCAACUAUCUACUCUUUCCAAGCAUAAUGGAUUUCUCGUCCCAGCACUACCCCCAGCCACUCGCAAGGUGCCAAGCGAAGGUGCUGUAGCCCAGUCAUCCAGUCAAGAUGCACGCUGGUUGACUGUACAGAGUCCCAACACUCUCCUUGUCAACCCAAUCUUGUCAGCAUUUCACAUGCUUCAGUUAUUAGUCAACAUAGACAAUCACGGCGAGCUCAUGUCCAUUUACUGUUCCAACCUUGCACCUGGAGACUCGGGCCAGAUCAUGCUGAAUGAUCGCAGCAAAGAGUACCAGAACAACCUGAUGUGUUGGUUUAACAAACUGCAGUUCCAGAAGCAAGCACUGGUGAAUCUGACUAAGGAGAAAUGGCAUCACGUCCUGUUGCUCUCUCUCUGUGCCCACCAUUGUUGGAAACUAGACAGUAGCAACAGUGGUGGUGGCAAAGAUGGGAAGUCCAACUCAAGUGGAUGUGAGGCUGUUGUUUUACAUCAGGGAAACUCAUCAUCCAAUCAUCAGCGCCAUCUACAUGAGGUUUGCAUGCACAAAAUUCAGCAGAUGCUGAGCUGUGCCUUUCUGCGAACAGUUACCCAGAGUGAGAUUCGUGCCGAGGCCGGAGACACAGUGGACCGUGUCGCGCAGGUGAUGCAGGCCCUUUGUAAGCUGGCGCCAACCCUUGAGGAAUAUGUCUGCCUAAAACUGGUUCUUCUGCUCAAUCUAGCUGAAGGCGAAGAGGCAGAAGAAGAGAGACAAGCCUUACAAGAUCAGUUUGUUCAGAUACUUCAGGAGGUCAUCGAGAUCAAGCACCCUCAAAGGUCAAUGCGUCUUGGUCGCCUGUUGCUAUGGAUACCUCAGAUUGAGGCUGCGGCUAAUCAGCUGUUGCAGAGCAAUUUAAUUCACAUCCCUUUUUUAUGUUAAAAGAGAAGCCACUUCAUGGCAAAGAAACCUCUGAAGUUGAAUUUAGCCGAUCAUCUUGACUUGGGAUGCUGUUUGGGAAAUAACAGACUGACAAUAUCCGCAAUUGUAAAGGUGAUGAUAUUUUCUUAAUACUAGUGUAGUAAAAGUGAGUACCGAGCAGUAAUGUCAUAUUACGCAGAAAGUUAAUAUGGGACUGCUAUAAUAUGUUAGCACCUGAGCGUAUCUGGUUAACACUUUGAUAGUUGAUUUUGUACAGUAUCUGUAACAGUGGGAACCACUGUAGGUUAUGUUUUUUAGCAGGCAACCCAAGGUUGCAAUCUCUUCACACAGAUGGAGAUUUUAAACAUAUCUGGCUUGAGUAUACUGAAGUUUAUAUUUGAAAGUCCAUUUUAAUUACACAAUAAACAAGUAAUUUUUAAAUUUGAAAAUAGUUUCAUUGGAUCUUAGUUUUGAUAGUC